AUGGCACGACUAUCGACAGCAAACUCGCCGGCUCCACCACCGGACCCUACCGCGAUAAAUCUUAGUCGUAUGCUUGAGCGACUGCAGCAAACUCUUAUCAAUCCAGAUUCCGCGACAGAAGCUAGAUUGCGGGCAUCAAGCUUGGAAAGAGGGAGAGUGGGAACUAACUUGGAACAUGCUCGGUCGCUUCUUAUGCGACUAGAACAAGAUGCAACCAGCAUCAAAAUACAAGGAAAGAAGCAAGAUACACAGGCAGAUCUCUCACGGAAGAGAGAGCUUCUACAGAGACUGGGCGAAAGGCUACAAGAACUGAACGAACUUGGCGGAUAUGAAGCAAACGAGGACGACACCUCCGAAGGCGAGGACUUGCUGGGUGAAGACACACCUUCCGAAGAAACAGAUGCUUCACACGCGGACUUAGCAUCCGAGACCCCUUCACCGAGAAACCUCACACCUCCGCCAAUAUCUCCUGCUCUCCAAUCCCAUCAAUCGAUACCCGAACCUUCCGUACCCGAGCUUCCAGUACCUGCGCCGGAAGAACCGCAGUCCAUACUUCGAGCCCGGACAAAAGAUGCCCGAGCUGAACUCCUCACCCCAGCAGCUACCAGCACAGGCAUGUCGACUGCUACAUCCGAAGCACUUCUGACGCAUAACCGUACCGAGCAAGAGGAUCUCACCCAGUCUCUCCUUUCCAUGGCAUCGGCGCUUAAAGAGUCAUCGCACGCGUUUGCUACAUCGCUAGAAGAAGAGAAAGGCGUCUUGGACAGUGCUACAAAAGGGUUAGACAAGAAUGAGCUCGGUCUGGAAGCAGCAUCACGGAGGAUGGGAUAUCUCCGAACGAUGACAGAGGGCAGAGGAUGGUGGGGGAGAAUGCUGAUGUAUGCUUGGAUAUUUGGUUUGAUGGUUAUCGCCAUCUUGGUCGUGUUUGUGCUACCGAAGCUGAGAUUCUAGCUAUGAUUACUGGGUUUGGAAUAUGUGAGCGUGGCUUUGAUUAUGGAGUCUGGGAAAGGCGGGACGCGGGCUUCAUGGAAAGGAGGCAAAUCUAACGACCCUUUACGAUGUCUUUUUGUUGGCAGAUACCACCACUUUAUGUAGCGCUAGUCUGCAAUGUUGAAAUUAUCUUCUCUGAUUUUGAUGAUUUUGCUAUGUAUUGAUGCCCGUGUCGUAAUGCUUGAAAGAAAUGAAAUGAUACCACCACCGCUAUUAGGUAU